CUUGGUCUCGUCCAAUUCCGGACAAGGGGAAGUCCCAAAGUUUCCGCAGAAAUACCGUUCGAUAGUUAUAGAGAUAUUGGGUGGCACGUGCACCCUUAUUUAUCGGAGUUUGCGAUAAAACAAUCGGACCACUUCCGCUUGAUCUUCCCUCAUCUCCCCUCUCUGCCCGCCUCCUGAACGCUUCCAGAAUCCAGACAGACACCCUCUAGAGCUUAAUCGCAGUCGUCUGGAUUCCAAAAUGGAAGCUCUGACCCCAUACCUUCCUCCAGCACUCCUUCCUGUCGUAGCAAUUCUUCACGACCAAGUUCCCUUGAUCAGUGUCGCGCUCGUCACACUCGGCGCGAUAUACUUGGGGUGUAUCUACAUCUCGGGAAGGAAAGAAGCUGCCAUAGCAUUCAAUGUACCAAUUCCGCCCGAGGUCCGCGCCAAUUGGAAUGGUAAGAAGUGGGAGGACGUUAAAGGAGAAGAGAAAGAGGUUCUUGAGGGUCAACUUCGAGGGGUUUGGAGCGACAAGGUCAUCUUAAGCUAUUGCCCUGCGGAUGGGAGAAUUCUAGGCAACGGAAUCAGACCCGCAACAACUGAAGACGUCGACCAAGCAAUCCAAGCUGCGAAAAAGGCCCAAACAGAAUGGGCUCUGACUAGUUUUGCUGAAAGAAGAAAGGUCCUGAGGACAUUGCUGAGAUAUGUGCUCGAUCAUCAAGAUGAACUAGUCACCGCCUGUUGUUUGGAUUCUGGGAAGACUAAAGUCGACGCAUCAUUCGGCGAAAUCCUCGUAACAGCAGAGAAGCUCAAAUGGACAAUUGAUCAUGGAGAGAAGGCCCUAACACCCGAAUCGAGACCUACGAAUUUCCUGAUGAUGUACAAAAAGAACAUGGUAACGUAUGAGCCCCUUGGGGUAGUGUCAGCUUGCGUCUCCUGGAACUAUCCUUUCCACAACUUCAUUGGUCCGGUCAUAAGUGGUAUCUUUGCAGGAAAUGGUGUAGUUGUGAAACCGUCGGAGCAAACUGCAUGGUCCUCAGCGUUCUUUUUGGAAGUCGUUAGAGGUGCUCUGUCGGCAUGUGGUCACUCUCGUGAUCUUGUGCAGAGCGUCGUAUGCUUGCCUAAUGUUGCGAAUUUCUUGACCUCCCAUCCGGACAUCGCUCAGUUGACCUUCAUUGGGUCGAGACCCGUGGCGUACAAGGUAUGCGAGUCAGCAGCAAAGGCACUUAUCCCAGUAACUGUUGAAUUGGGUGGCAAGGAUCCUGCUGUUGUUCUCGAUGAUGCCCGAACAGUGAAUGAGAUCUCGUCCAUUGCGUCACUUCUCAUGCGAGGCGUCUUCCAAUCUGCUGGACAGAACUGCAUUGGCGUUGAGCGUGUCAUUGCCCUUCCCGGCGUGUAUGACAGGCUUCUGGAUGAUGUGUCUUCGCGCAUUAAGGCAUUUCGUCUUGGUUCAGUCCUCCUUGACUCCAGAUCCGAAGACCCUCAGCAGAAGCCCGGUGCUCCAGACAUGGGCGCCUUAAUCUCCCCGGCCUCCUUCGACCGCCUGGAGACUCUGAUCGAGGAUGCAGUCCGACAAGGCGCACGUCUUAUCUGCGGCGGGAAACGUGUCAACCACCCGAAAUAUCCCCAUGGUCAUUACUUCGCGCCCACUCUCCUUGCAGACGUAACGCCUUCCAUGCAGAUAGCUCAAACCGAACUUUUCUCUCCGGUAUUCCUUCUCAUGCGCGCCGACUCAGUAGCACAUGCCAUUGCCAUUGCGAACUCGACAGAAUAUGCCCUCGGUGCUAGCGUCUUUGGCUACAACCGUAUUGAUGUUGCAACCUGCGUCUCGAGCAUCAAGGCUGGCAUGGUGUCUGUUAACGACUUCGGAAGCUACUAUGCGGUGCAGCUGCCCUUUGGAGGAGUCAAGGGAUCUGGAUAUGGUCGUUUCGCAGGAGAAGAGGGGCUGCGCGGCGUGAGCAACAUCAAGGCUAUCUGCGUUGACCGGUUCCCCAAAUUGAUGGCUACCCGCAUUCCACCACGCGUUGAUUAUCCCAUUCGGAAGGGGGAUGACAGUCGUCAGAAUGGGCAAGGCGCAUGGGAACUGUGUAAGGGUGUCGUUGAAACGGGGUAUCAGCUGACUCUGGCCGGGAGAGUCGCUGGCAUACUACGUCUACUCAGGAAUAUGUAAGUCAAGAUAUACGAUUUUUCAUUAAUAAAAGGUUGAGAAAUGUCACCCGUGACAUUGAAACCUUGUUAUGUAUAAUAUCUAU